AUGCCGGAAAUAAAGACGAGCCAGUUCGUGACGGCGUCGGCGUCGGCAAUGCUGGACCCGAAGCUGCGGCGGGCGUUGGACCGCGUGGGGUCUGGGUUCGACGUGGCGCGCCGCAACGCCAUCGAGGAGGUCUCGUCGGAGGCGUGGGAGGAAUGGCGGGAAGAGGCCCGGCAGAUCAAGAUCCACACCCUCGACCACCUCGACUAUUACCUGGAACUGCUGUACGACAACGUAACCGCCGCCGGAGGGCAGGUCCACUUCGCUGCCGACGCCGCCGAGGCCAACGCCAUCGUGGGCCACCUGGCCCAGAGCCGGGGCGUCAAGGUGGCCACCAAGAGCAAGAGCAUGGUGUCGGAGGAGCUGGAGCUGAACCCGGUGCUGGAGUCGCUGGGGAUCGACGUCUACGAGACCGACCUGGGCGAGUACAUCAUCCAGCUCGCGGAGGAGACGCCGUCGCACCUGGUUGCUCCGGCUCUGCACAAAUCGAAAGAGGACGUGGCCGAGCUGUUCGCCGACAAGCUGGGCUUGCCGUACAACGAGGACAUCGAGGUGAUGGCCGCCGCGGCGCGGGUGGCAUUGCGCGACAAGUUCAUGCAGGCCGACCUUGGCAUCAGCGGGGCCAACUUCGUGGUCGCCGAGACCGGGACGCUGGUGAUCGUCACCAACGAGGGCAACGGGCGGCUCUGCACUUCGGCGCCGAGGAUGCACAUCGGCAUCACGGGGAUGGAAAAAGUGAUCCCGUCGAUGCAGGACCUGGCGGUCUUCCUGCGGCUGCUGCCCCGCUCCGCCACCGGGCAGCGCAUUUCCAGCUACGUCAGCAUGAUCACCGGCCCGCGCCGGGAGGACGACGAGGACGGGCCGGAGGAGUUCCACCUCGUCCUGGUGGACAACGGCCGCUCCCGGAUGCUGCGAGACCCCAAGCUGCGUGAAGCGCUGUACUGCAUCCGCUGCGGGGCAUGCCUGAACAUCUGCCCGGUGUACCAGCGGGUCGGCGGGCACGCCUACGGCUGGGUGUAUCCCGGCCCCAUCGGGGCGAUAGUGUCGCCGAUGCUGACCGGGCUCAAGGAAUCGAAAAUGCUGCCCCAGGCCUCCAGCCUGUGUGGCGCGUGCCGAGAGGCCUGUCCUGUCAAGAUCAACAUCCCGCGCAUGCUGCUGGAGCUGCGCCACAGGACAGCGGAGAGCGAGGACCCGGCGGAGCGGGCAUCAUCCGGAUCGGAGCGGUUCCUGGCGAGGAUGUAUUCCCGGCUGAUGAGAAGUCCGGGGCGAAUGGGAUUCGCGGCGAGCAUGGGGGCGAAUCGCGCAGAAGCUCGUGCCGGGGAUGCCGAGGCGCGACGGCUGGAUCAGGCGGGCGCCGCUUCCCCUGCUGUCCCGCUGGACCAGGGCACGGGACCUGCCGGAGCUGCCGCCCAAGUCCUUCCGGGACAUCUGGCGGGAUGA